GCAGCGCUUGCAGGCGUCCGCCAGGGGAGGAUGAGUCCACCAGCCCCAAGGCACUCACUGGCUCCCUAUCAUCGCUCACAGUGGAACCCACAUACCUGCUGCAACCUCCCAGCACGACCGCAACGACCUCCGGACGACCACGAAUAGACCAACAUGAUAUCCGACUCCGUCCCGGAGUACAUCUUCAUUCGAAUAUGCAUCACUGCUCUGCGCCUCGUCGCUCCUCUGAGCAUCCUCUACACCCUCGCUAGUUGGUGGGAAGGCCGACUUUUAUACUCUCCGUGGCUGGGAGCGUAUGCGCUAGCUGAGGCAUGUUUCUACUUCUUCGUAUACCUCCCGCGGUCCUAUCUACUCCAGAAGGCCGCGACACACCCACCUCCGUUGACCCGCAAGGAGCGCGAGAAGCUCUUCUCGAACUGCUUUGUCUACAUCGCGAAGAUGAACAUGGCGUCGGGCUGGUUCUUCGGCAGCGAAACCUCCCUCAUCAAGCGCGAGAAUAUGAGGGAGUGGCUGCUGUGGGCCCUCUUUGGCUGCAAUCGGGAAAACGGGCGUCCGGAAUGGAAUGACGAAAUCGAGGGCUACCUGGCGAAAUUGGAGGACUACACGGGCAGCCCCUUCGAAGAUGGCUGGAGCGAAACGGCAAAGUGCAUGCGCCUCACCUUGGACCCUGUCGUUAUGUUGCACAGACCGUUGGUCUGGUAUGCGAUCGUGGGCUUGGUCGAUACGGUGACCUGCGCCGGGCUAGCGCUUGCAGGUUUCAAUCACUGCUGCACCAGGAACCCGUUCUCCUCCUUCCCGUUCCGCAUGUGGUCGCUCUUCUCGCAGCGCACACCUGAACCUUCUCUUUCAUACUGGUACCGGCCGCACCGCUCAAAGACCAAGCAGCCUGUCGUCUUCCUUCACGGUAUCGGGAUCGGUCUCUGGCCGUACGUCACAUUCCUCCGCGAGUUAGUAGACAAGGACCCAGACGUAGGCAUCAUCGCCAUCGAGAACCUCUCCAUCAGCAUGCGCAUCUCCCCGCCGCCCCUGCGACGCGCGGACAUGCUCGCCGCGCUCACCACCGUCCUUGCACACCACCAAAUCUCCACCUUUGUCCUCGCUGCACACUCUUACGGCACCGUACUCUCCGCGCACGUUCUGCGCGACCCCGCGCUCUCGGCCCGCGUCACCGCCACGCUGCUCAUCGAUCCGAUCCCAUUCCUGCUCUACCUCCCGCCGGUCGCGUACAACUUCGUGUACCGGGAGCCGCGCUCCGCGAGCGAGUUCCAGCUGUGGUACUUUGCGAGCCGGGACGCAGACAUCGCACGCGCGUUGUCGCGACACUUCUUUUGGACAGAGAACGUGCUCUGGAAGGAGGACCUUGCGGGCCGCGAGGCGGCGGUGAUACUCUGUGGCCAAGACCAGAUUGUGGACUCGGCGGAGGUGCUGAAGUACCUUACGGGCUCGGAGGACGUGCAAUUCAGAUGUCGGAAGAAUGGCCUGGAGGUGCUGUACUACCCGAACCUGGACCACUCGAACCAGUUCAACUACGAGGAGUGUAGACGGCCGAUGGUAGAGGUGUUGUCUAGGUUUGUGAACAGUGGGCGUGCCGAGCUGAAGGACGCAUAGUCCCGGUACUAGACCACUGUAGAUACUUCCAUGAUUUUGUAGAAUAGAGAUAGGUUCGAGACCAGACUGGCAGCCCAAUUGAACGUCGCCUUCGCUACAGAGCGUCGACUAUGGGCGACAAAAGGGACGGACUCGGGCGCGUUCCCACGCC